CAGGCUGUACAAGCAGCAUCAAACAAGAAGAGUGAUGCUCCAGUAGUAGGAUCAUCAUCAUCUGGUUAGUUUCCUGAAAAUCUUGGAUGAAGUGGAACUAUACUUGUGUGAUUGGCCAAAUUUAUCAAGCUAAGGAUUGGGUCCAUAUCUUUGAUUGUUUGAGAUUUCUAGGACUUGUCUAUGUAAUGCCAAUAGUUCUUAAGUUCAUCCCCAUGAGUAGCAUUUUCAUCGUUUCUUUCCCUUUUGACAGGGCCUGCUAGCGGCAAUGUGAUGCAGGGCCCUGGUUUUGAGGCCAAAGUAGCGAAACUCAUGGAACUUGGGUUUCGUAGAAAUAGUGUCGAAAUGCUC